AUGGAAUACCUCGGAGAGAUCAAAGCCACUGGAAAGGAUCUAAUUGGCAAAGCAGUUGCGGUGAUGAAACGUUUUGGGAACUAUUUCAAGUUUUGCAACAACUGCCAGAACUUCUGCAACAUGUACAUCGAGGCCAUUGGAUUAAAACAAGCCCAAACCCUAACGCACGGGGAUAAAGCAGCGAUUGUUACAAUGAUCGGUGGCAUCAUUGGAUUUCUCUUUGCCCUCAUGCGUUGACUUGAUGGAACUGUCAGAACCGCCGCAGGUCUUGCUUGCAUUUCUUAAUUUCUUUCUGUUGUUUCUUGAUCUUUUAUCAUUUUCGCUUUAACAAUUACCGAGUUGGAACUUUGUGAUUAUCAUCACCAGGAACCUAAUUGAAACCGAUAGUAGUAACGGAAGUGGAUGUAGAUUUAACACCGUUGAAUAUUUUCAAGUAGUCAGCAAAGUGACUUUUUUUCAAAUAUUCAGCAAAGUGGUAGUUUUAACAUGAUUUAACUCAGUUUUUCGUAUAGUUCAUUUCUAGUGAACCUGUGAAUUAUUUAUUUUCUAGUUUUUCGCAGUUUGUAACCUUAGAUCUAAUUAAACAGCAGACAAGAUUUCCGAUCUGUUUUCACAUUUUCUGCCUAUCAGUUUGUCGCAAGUUAAAGGUAGAUGAAGAAUAGAUUGCUACAAAUAUGGCUUAUAAUCGAGCAAUUGCGGAAUUUUUCUCUUUUUAUACUCUGCCUUGGCUAAGCUUUUAACAGGGGUGGUAGAAUUCGCGACAGUUCUAGAAAACCUCGCCGGAUUUUAUCUCCGGUUUGCAUGACUUUGAAAAUCGCUUUAAGAUAGAAAAUAAGCAUGGGAACUUCCUACUAACGAGUUUUGUGCGAGGCGGCAUUGUUGAAAUGAUCGACAUAUACAAACUAUUGAUCGUGUUUUAAUCGCAAUCAGAAACUUCCCCCCCCCCGAAAGCCCGUCGUAUAGAAGUUAAGUUACCCUGCCUAAUAAGUGGUUUUGGUUCGUUCUUUUAACCCAUGAGUGGUGAGGCUGCAAGUGAAACCUACAUUAUCCUAUCUUGAUAUCAUUUGAUGCAAUUAUGGCUUUACCUAUUUCUCCCUAGUGUUUUGUCAAAAUGUUCAAUUUGCGGGUUUGUGAUCUUGAUCCUAACUCUUCUCCUUACCAACCUCUUCUCACUUCGAAUCAGUCGAUCCAGGAAAGCUUUAAGGUGACAUUAACAUACCACUCACGAAUAUUAAUUGGGUAGAUUUGUGGCGUAAUGUGCUAUAUAUGGGUAGGCAACGGCUGACCUUGAUUAAAUCACUCUCGUAGAGCUUCAGGUAAACCUGUUGACGAAUUUGUUUAGGAAAGGGAACAGAAGAGGGAUAACUCGUCGCUAAAAGAAUGCAUUUAGGAAUAUAGAAAAUUGACAGGAAAUGAGGAAGUAUCAUUAGAAUAUUUUAGAACGUUCGGCGUUAUACCUAGAACUAAAAUAUCAGCGACGAAGAUCGUCGUUUCAGAAACGCGUCUCUUCCAUCACAAUGUUCUCUGUUCGUUUUUCGAAAGGGUGCUCUUCCUUGUAUUCCCACUUCAUCGAUGCCCCUUUCAAAACGUAUCUGUUUUCCUCAUAUUAUACCUAAAGGAGAAAAUUCGCGUUUUACUUAAGAAUGCACAACAAAAUGGCGCUUAAUAAGGUCCCAGGUCGAUCAGGUAAAGUUUAGCAUAUUUUUGAAAGCAUUACAACAGAAACCGAAAGCAGGUUUACUCUACCGGAAGUGUGCAGAAAUGUGGAACUUAUCAGCUUUUCCAUACAACACAGCGUUUUGCAAAAGAGAAUUUGUUUUUAGUAACCUGACGCGGUUACUCUCUGUUUCUCUGAAAUGCUUUGCAACACCAUGGUCAAAACUAUAAAGGAACGUAUCGAGCUCUGGAAACAUCUGCGUCAGAAGGAUUAUUGAUAUUUUUGCAUUUCUGAGAAAGAGCGUCGAAACAAUUGCGAGAAGAAAUUUCUCCGAAAUCGAGAUUAUCCAAUUGCAUCGCACCAACUAACCUAAUUAGCAUAACGCUCGCGUUGAAUUACUGGGCAUUCACUUCGAGAUUUCGAGGCUUAAACAACCUGUGAAGAUCAGAUUUUUACAGUAACAGGAGGAAAGACCCUCGCCAUGGCGUUGUGUGAUGAUGUGUUCGCUGAACCGAUGCUCGAUACAGAGCAGUAUUUGGAGAAAUACAAGCAGCAACUGAUCGAGCUUGACAAACAAAAUCUAUUACCAAACUUGAACACGAAGCUGAAGUACAAAGUUUACUCUAUUCAAGGAGGCAGUUUUGGUGCCCACAAAUCCAUUGUUCUUACAACAAAUGACGAGCAAUUCGUCUCUGUAGAGCUUGGUUUCAUCCCAGUUGACGGUAAGAAUCAUAUUUACCCAAGGACGAGGCCAAUUGACAAAGCUCUGAAGCCUAAGAUGGAAUACCUCGGAGAAAUCGAAGCCACUGGAAAGGAUCUAAUUGGCAAAGCAGUUGCAGUGAUGAAACGUUUUGGGAACUAUUUCAAGUUUUGCAACAACUGCCAGAACUUCUGCAACAUGUACACCGAGGCCAUUGGAUUAAAACAAGCCCAAACCCUAACGGACAGGGAUACAGCAGCGAUCGUUGCAAUGAUCGGUGGCAUCAUUGCAUUUCUCUUCGCCCUCAUGCGUUGA